GUUCCCAAAUUAAUUGUUUUUGACUGGAACUUCUGACCCAAAACUGAAAAAAAAAGUGGUUUCAAGCUGCGAAGAGAAAUGACAAUUAUUCUCCAAAGACCAUUAUUCGAUGCUGAGAAGAUCACUUUGACGUAUGUCGGCGAAUAUACUUGUUAUAUGCUUAAUUAAUCUGCUUGUACGUAAAAACGCAUUAGUAACCUACCUAAUACUUACAAAACCUGUCUAUAACAUAUUUUUAAUUUUACAGUUGGAGAAUGGUGUCGAUUCUGGCGUGAUUCUCUAAACUUAAAACUAAAUUUAACAUCAGUCUCUCUUUUUCAUUCUGUAUAGAGAAUGACAAGGAUACACUGUUGUCAAAUUUAAGUUUAGAUUUAGAGAAUCGUGCCAGAAUCGACACCAUUAUCCAUCCAUCUUCCCUUUUUUUAUUUCCUGAUGAUAGUCUGUAUCCAACCAAAGCCAAUAGUGGAAACUUUUUCAGGAAAUCGAAACGGAAUCCAUUAGUAACCAUAGAGUAAAAUAUCCAUCCAUGGCCGAUCUCGCUGCUGUCAUGUAUUUUAUUUAAUUUCUACUUCAAUUAUGAAGCUCCUUCAAUGAUUUUGUGUGGGUUAAUGGUGUGGAAGUGAUCGUGUGGUGGCGCAGUCUCGGUGAUACGGCUCGUUGGUCGGCGGCACCAUGUUCAGCGGAACGGUGCGACUGCGGGUUUGCGAGGCGACGGGACUACGGCCGACCGACUUUCAGAAAAGGCACAACAUGACCUUCGGGAAGCCAGACGACCAGCCGAUAGACCCAUACGUUUCGAUUGACGCCGACGAACAUCACCUAGACCGUUCAAGCACAAAACCCAAAACAUUUGACCCAGUAUGGAAUGAGACCUUUACACAUGAAGUGCACAAUGUUACCAGUUUGGGAAUCACUGUGUUUCAUGAUGCUGCAAUACCACCAGAUGAUUUUGUUGCUAACUGCACUAUUCCUUUUGAAGAUCUCAUGCAUCGGGAUAAAGACGCCUUGGAUUUUUGGGUGGACCUAGAACCUAAUGGGAAAUUGCAUCUCAAAAUAGAUCUGAAAUGGAAUUCACAGGGAUGCGUGGAGCGGACGGGCUUGGGCGCGGGGGCCGGGGGCGGGGCGGGGCGCCCGGGUGGCGGCGGGGGGCGCGCGGGGGGCGCGGGCGGGGGAGGGGGAGGCGCCGGGCGGGAGUUCAAGGAGGGCGCGGGGUUCGCGCGCCGGCGCGGGGCCAUGCGGCGCCGCGUGCACCAGGUCAACGGGCACAAGUUCAUGGCCACCUUCCUGCGGCAACCCACCUUCUGCAGCCACUGCCGCGAGUUCAUAUGGGGCCUCGGUAAACAAGGAUACCAAUGUCAAGUAUGCACGUGCGUGGUGCACAAGCGAUGCCACUCGUCCGUCGUCACAAAGUGCCCGGGGAUGAAGGAGGAGCAACAAAGCGGCGUGGGCGUGUCGGGGGGCCAGCGCUUCAACGUGAACGUGCCCCACCGGUUCGUGGUGCACUCCUACAAGCGGUUCACGUUCUGCGACCACUGUGGGUCACUGCUGUACGGACUCAUCAAGCAGGGGCUGCAGUGUGAAGUAUGUUCGAUGAACGUGCACAAGCGAUGCCAGAAGAACGUGGCGAACAACUGCGGCAUCAACACCAAGCAGAUGGCCGAGAUACUCAACGAGAUGGGCAUCUCGCCCGACAAGAACCCGCGCCCGCAGCGGUCUAAGUACCAGAACACUCAACUGCUGGAGGGCGGUACUGAGCUGGCGCCCAACGACCCCGACACCAAGGACAACGACAAGCACGACGAGAAAGGUUUAGAGAGUUGCGGGGGCGCAGACAAGGUGGCCUUGGAAGAUUUCCACUUUAUCAAAGUGCUGGGUAAAGGCUCCUUCGGGAAGGUGAUGCUCGCAGAAAAGAAGGGCACGGACGAGGUUUACGCGGUAAAAGUGCUGAAGAAAGACGCCAUAGUUCAGGACGACGACGUAGAAUGCACUCUGACGGAGCGUCGCGUGUUGGCGCUGGCCGCGAGACACCCCUUCCUCACUGCGCUGCACUCCGCCUUCCAGACCAGGGACCGGCUCUUCUUCGUGAUGGAAUACGUGCAUGGCGGGGACCUCAUGUUCCAGAUACAACGCGCGCGCAAGUUCGACGAGCCCCGGGCUAGGUUCUACGCGGCGGAGGUGACGCUGGCGCUGCAGUUCCUCCACUCGCACGGGGUCAUCUACCGCGACCUCAAGCUCGACAACAUUCUGUUGGACAGCGAGGGGCAUUGCAAACUGGCCGACUUCGGGAUGUGCAAGGAGGGAAUACUGGAUGGCGCCACCACAACAACGUUCUGCGGCACCCCGGACUAUAUUGCACCAGAGAUCCUACAAGAACUGGAAUACGGUGCUUCGGUAGACUGGUGGGCGUUGGGUGUUUUACUGUACGAGAUGUUGGCCGGACAACCACCCUUCGAGGCCGACAACGAGGACGAUCUGUUCGAGUCCAUACUGCAUGAUGACGUGCUGUAUCCCGUGUGGCUCUCCAAGGAGGCCGUCUCCAUCCUCAAGGGUUUCAUGACGAAGAACCCCGCCCGCCGCCUCGGAGUAUCUGGCGGCGUGGCUGGCAUCAGGGCGCACGCGUUCUUCCGGGACGUGGACUGGGACGCGCUGCACGCGAGGAGGCUGCGCCCGCCCUUCAGACCUAAAGUGAAGAGCAAGCGCGAGGCGGCCAACUUCGACGCGGAGUUCACCAAGGAGGAACCCGUACUCACGCCCGUGCCGCCCGACGUGCUGCGCACCAUCAACCAGGAGGAGUUCCGCGGCUUCUCGUUCGUCAACGCGGACUUUAACCCCACCGGCGCCCCCGCGCCGCUGUGAACCCCAACAUCUGUCCUCUCCCUCUCCCUCUCCCUCUCCCUCCCUCUCCCGCGCCCCCACUCUCUGCGCACACGCAUCACAUAACACACCACAAACUACACGUUUCUCGCGCGCGACUCUCUAAUACCUAAGUCAACUCGAAUGAUCAGGCCGCAUGAGUAAUGCAGGCGCGGCGACGAAGCUUCACGCAAUAAGGAUGAUGACAUUUUUUUAUUCGUCCAUCAGGCAGAUUAACAGAUGCAGUGGACGUCAAAAGUCCUCGCUUCCAAACUUGACGCGUUUUAUCUUUGUGUCUUUCCGGUUGAUUUGAUAGAAGAAAUAAAAAUAAGUGUUUUUAGGACGGACUAAACGGAAUUCCGUUUAUAACCCGUCAUCAUCGUUAUUGCGCGCGUGUGUGAUAAGUCCUGGCGCCUGCCGAGAAACGUUUGUAUUGGCCUUAGAUUAAAACAAAAAGGGAAGAUACGGCAUUCGCGGCUCAAAAGUGAUCCGCUUAAAUUGUGGUCCACGACCAUAAUUUGCUUUAGUCCCAAUUUGACAUUGAAACACGCUACAUGUACACUCAAUAUAACAAUAUUGUGUAUAUUCUGUGUUAUGAAGAUAUAACAAUGCCUUCGAUGCUUUUAUAAAGAACACAAAUAGUUCAAAAUCAAAUGCCCCGGCAACACUUUUCAAUCGAAUAUUAUUUACGUAAUCGUCAUUUUGUAAGCAAGAAAAGGAAAACAACACGCUGCGUUGAAGCGUAUAGUUCUGUCUCGCUCGCUCGGUUGAUGUUUAUAUACAGACGUGUGCGUGGCGAGAGUUGCUUAUGUAGUUGAGUCGGAUCAUAUUUUAUUUGAUGCUAGUAUGAGCGUACCCUAUCUACCCUUUUUGUUUUAAUCUAAGGUAUUGGCGGCGAGGGCGCCAGUGCUCCCUCGCGUCCUGCAUGAGGCUCUGUGCCUUGCUUACUUAUGCCGGUAGACCAUGCUUUGUGAAAACUUAAAGGUCUGUUUUACGACGCCUUUUGUUCUCUCAUCAGUCACAUGUUUCUAAGGUUGCUUUUGCAGUAGCUAUUUGUGAGAUAGCUCAGUUAACAAUCUACCUUUAGAGCUGGGAAAAUGCAGUGAUUAUUGUUACUGGUUUGUCUGCGCCGUGAAUUUUCAUUGAAAAGGUUGCCUAAAGUGAGCGGUUGAGAAAUGUACCUCAAUUGUGUUGGAUGUAAAUGAUAAUUAUUCAAUGUGUGUGAAACGCAAAAACUACUCCAAAGAAUCACGCAGUUGUCAAUGCAUUAUAAAUAGUGAAAAGAAACAUGUGUUCCACAUAGUGUUGCCGAACUAUCGAUAUUAAAGCGAUCGACAGUUUACAUCGGAAAUCAUGUACCCUAUCGAUAGAAUCGAUACAACCGAUAGUAUCGAAACUAUCGAUAGCUCAGAACAAGGCAAUACUAUCGAAUGAGUGCAAUACUGUAGAUACUAUCGUUACUGUUGAUUUUAUUUGCAACAAUACUAUCGGUAGUAUUAAUACUAGCGAUUGUUUUAGACUAAAGUUUGUGAUUGACUAAUGCUAUUACAAAUUGUUAAACUAUCGAUAGUAUUUUUGCAAAUAAAAUCGACAGUAUCGAUACUAUCGAUAGUUUGUUAUUAACGAACUACAAUGCUAUCGAUAGUAUCGAUAGUAUUGAUAGUAUCGAUAAGCCGAUCGAUUGUCAUACGAUUGGUUGGCUAUCGAUAGAUUAUCGAUUAAUCAUCGAUAGUCGACUAUCGAUUGGCAACACUAGUUCCGCAUUACUGUAAAUUGAAAGGAACACUUUGGGAACUCGUGAAUGAUGAGAAAUUGGAAGGCUCCUAAAACGAAUUUGAUGAUAAUGAGAUGCUAAAAUUGAGUGAUCGCGCGCUAAUUGCAAAUGUUAACUGAUAUAAUUUUAUUAUGAUUACGAAUAAUAAUAGAAUCUAAGUGAAACUCUAGUCAAAGUCAAAUGAAAUUUGUUUUUCUUUUUUAUUAUUGUAACAUAAUUAAAUCAACAAUCUGUCUAUGUAUACAUAAUUGUCUAUGUUGAUGAAGCUCUGAAUUUUAUAUGCGUACUGUUUAAUGGAUACGUUUGUUAUAAUGUGACUUGAUGGAGGUAACAUUUUACGUGACUGGCUAGAGCCCAGGUUCGAGUCUCUGCGGCGCCCGUUUUCGUACUUAAUUUUAAAUGUUAAUUAGAACGAAACAGCAUGCCAACUGAGGUUUUGAGAAAUUUGGUUUUAUUUUUAACAGAAAACGAAAAGGGCAUGUUUACACGCGUUGUCUGUGCCUCUAUUUGUGUGUCGUUGAACUGGUCUAAAUUUAAUCAGAGCAAUGUGUUGAUUUUUGUGAAGUGAAAAAGGUUUGUGUGAUUAUUUUUUUAAGUUUUAAUCAAAUGAUAAUUUAUUAACAUGGUUUGUGGUUUUCGAAGACUUUGAUCGAACUCAGAUCUUGAGGGCGCUGCCUACUCUGAACAAAUCAGUAUUGUCAACUUAUUUCUUUUUAUACUUAAUUUAGUGACAAUUUUUAAUGUUACCGUAUUAUUUAUUAUUAGUUUUGUUAAGUGGAUAGUGUGUCGUUUCUGUAAGAUUCUUGACCGUCGGCUGACAUUGCAACUUUAGCCUGUGAUCAAGUUAUAAGAAAGAAUGUCGUUUCUCAUCACCAGUUGAAAUCUGAUUAACGAUGAAAAGCGAAUACGUAAUAAUUUAUUAUUAAAGUAUUAUGAAUAGUUUUCUUCGACUCUAGUUUCGUAGCUGAACUGUCUACUUAUAAUGACUAAUCCAAAAACGAUACUACUUAUUUGAUAAUGAAACAAAACUUGAAUUAUUUAUUUUCUCUAAGAAAUUUCGUUUUCUGAAGUAUUCCUUUUCUUCGUUUGUAAUUGCAGUUAAAUUAUCUGUGACAAAAUAGAAACAUUGUCUUUAAAUGUAACUUUUUGCAAAACAGUUGCAAUAGCGGUCGAAAAUAUUUUUGUUUUUGAGAAAAUCUAUUUUCGUUACUCUAUAGGGUUUCAUGAUCGUUGUAAUAGGCAGAGACAGCGUUGACUUGAAGUCAGCUCGGUUCACGGGGCGAAAAUUAUUGUGUUAUAGUGGUGACAUCUGUACGCCUCAUUAAAAUCGCUAAAUAAGGUAAUUCACACUCGCACUCAACAGAUGGCGUUAAAACACACACAUGGUGGCGCUAAAUCAUGGUAUAGAAAGUAAGACCAGCGAGAUAUAGGCCAGAGUCUUUAUAUUGAAUAACAUCACAAUUUUUGCUAACGCGAUGUAACCUCGCUAUUGUAUAUAUCUUUAGGGUGAUGAACAAUGAGCUGUCAGCGCCAUCUGUUGAGUGCUCUUCCGUUUAGCUUUAAAUAUGAGGCGUAUAGAUUGCCCCUUCUCAGUAAUAAUUAUAAGUUGUUCUGCAAAGCGAGUGUCUGUCGCUCGUAACCCAACGGCUGUAUAAAACGACCAAACAGUACCACUAGCACGAACCGACAUCGAAUUCGAAUAGUUUGCGAGCACGAAAUGUCAGUGUCAAAUUUUGUAUUGAAACUUGAACCGAUGCGUUACAACGGACGUAACGAGAACUAAAAAUCAGUACACAUUUGACAGCGACAUUUCGCACUCGCCAACUAGUAUUUGAUAUUGGUUUGUGCUAAGAGUAAAGUUCUAUGUGGCCACAUGUAAAAAUAUAUGUACACUUGAAUAGUUGACUAGUCACACAAUGCGUCGAAUUAGUGUACCAACUUAUUUUUACACAUGACCGUGAAAAAAAAAAGUUCUCACUGUAUCGUAGUAUGCAUUAGCGACGGAGAGUUAUUGCGUUGUAAUAGUUAUUUAUCACAGACGAUAGAGAGAUAGAUUUAUUUACAAUUAUUAUUAUUAUGAAAGAUUAAUCUUAUGCCAUUUCAAGUUUCUCCGAAAUCGUAUUUAUUUGUGUAGAUAUAGGUGUCGAUUCUGGCAGGAUUCUCUAAACUUAAAACUAAAUUUAACAUCAGUCUGUCCUUUUCAUUCUGUAUAGAGAAUGACAAAGAUACACUGUUGUCAAAUUUAAGUUUAGCUUUAGAGAAUCAUGCCAGAAUCGACAUCAUAAUGUAGAUUGUACGUAUACAAUGCGUCUAAAAGCAGUUUUGCAGUUUUUAUCUUCGGAUAAUAUAAUAAUGCGGAUUUUCUGUCGUCCUACCCGUUUUAUGGCAGAGAUUUGCCGGCAAUCGGUUCAUAUUGGCCGUCGGAUUCAUAUGAACCGCGGGGUGGCUUACGGCCGUUGUAUAUAGUGAGAGGCAUACUCGAUCGACCGCUAUCGGCCCGGGAACUUUCCUAUGGACACGUCUAUGUAUAAAGUUUACUGAAUUUGAUUAAUAAACGAAUUGAAUUAAUGAUUUUCAAUAUGAGUAAAAAAGGAAAUAAAGAUCUGUAUGGGUACUUCAUCAAAAUGGAUCUUAAGUCAGUGUCAUCUGUGUCGCGACAGAAGAGGAAGAAUAAAAUUGUCUUUGAAUAAAUCUCAUGAGCAUAAUUAAGAUUUUCAACCUUAAUGCCUACUGGGCUACGGUUGAAAUUGGAACAAUACAUUUGAGAGUUGAUCUCGUGUCUACAAUGCUAUAUCAAAGAUACACUAGUCAUGUAAUUAUCUCGCAUUAUAUUUAAAUAUCUAUCCUUUGAAUAUCAUUGAACGAAACCGCGAAUCUCGAAUAUCAAUCGUCUAUCUAUAGAACUAGGAAAUAUGGAUAGUAGGACAGUCCCGAGUGAAGGUCCCGGGCGAGGUGUUGUCGAGCACCAGUAAACCCCAUUGUCGUAAGUGUUAAUGAGAGGCGGAUGUGACGUCACAUAGCCUCCCCUACGGCAUACAGUAUUUCGCUGUUGCAUCCGUUCUUUAAAAUGCGUCUUGAAAGUGUGCGUUGCUGUUAUUUUAUCAUUAUUCGUUCGAUUCUCUCCUACCGUUGACUCGUCUGGAGUGCGAGCUUCAGAAGCGUUAUGUUCGCGUCGGACAUAUUUGAGUACUGGAUAGUACAAAGUGUACAUAGAGCCUACUGGAGUGGCGCGAGCCGCAUAGUAUUAUUUAGUCCGUAGUCCCCAAACCAAAGUUCACCCAGUUUUUAGUUCCGAUCCCCUCCGCUUUGAAUAUACGGUCGACUCGCCUGUUCAUGCUGUGAAGAGCUGAUCAGUACAACUAAAUCUCUGCUUCGACGGCGUUUCACGCGACUAUGAAUUGUACAAUGGCAGUUGUCGGUCUGCUAUUAUAUAUAUAUUCGAUUAUAUUGAUAUUCGCUUGAAAUCUGAUUUUCUGAGGCAGGGCCUUAUUGGCCUUCCACGGCACGAUGUUUUUAUUUAUUUUUAUUUUUUAUCUGUCAUCCUUAUAACUAUGUUUCACUAUUUAAUAAAAAAUUGUAUUUCUAAGUGUUGCUGUGAAGGCUAAUAAAAUGUAUUUCUUUCUUUCUUUCUUUCAAAUCGACCUCAAAUAUGGAAAGAAAGCCAACAUCAAAAUGGACCUUAAUAUUUCUUGCAUAAUUGCUUCUUUUACUUUCUUGUAUUUUUCGUACCUUUUGACGAUUUUUCGGUUAGCCGUGUGCCUUGUAUGUACAUUACAGUGAUCUAUGAUAAAUAUAUGCGAUUAACGAUUUCCAAUAUUAUUCGUAACAUUUUAUUUUAUGAAGUCUUUUUGUCGUCGUUGAUUUUCAACAAAUUAUUAGUUUUAAAGCAAUUUGUUUAAACUUUCUUUCAAUUAACGCCCUAAGGAUAUGGGCAUUUGAUUGUACUGGGCAGUGUCGUCUCAUCCGAUGACAGAGCGAGUCGUCUCCAGUCCAACAGUAGAGGGGUAUCGUGCAACGCGCGGCCCGGCGCGGGCGCAGUUCGAUGCACAAAUGUAAUGCUUUAUGUAGUCGUUAGUGUAUAAUAAAUAAAAAAAGCAAACAUUAUAAAUAAUAUAAUAAUAAUAAAAUACUAUUAUUAAAUUAUAAAAAAAAUCUCUGUACGUGUUCCCGGUGUAUUCGUGACGAUGAGGUGACAGGAGUUUUGUUUUGUCGACUUUAUUUUUGUAUUUGGACGUUUCACUAAUACGUUUGAUUGUGUACCUUGUAACUUGCAUGUUAAGGUCGCUUCUCGCGCUCGCGGCUAUAUCAUAGUAACACAUGACUAAACUUGUCAUUUAUUAUGUUGAUAGUGUAUUUUUCCAUAAAGCAUGGGUAGCUUUGCGGUUUGUCUGUGUUACAGAUAAUCCAAUUUUUUCUAUAAUAGUAAUAAUAUUCAUGUCCAUCUCACAUUUUCUUUCUAAACAAGAACAUACGUACCAUCUAGUGUAUAAUAGGGCUGAUGACGGGGUACAGUAAACGAAAUUCUAUUUAGUCCGUCAGUUAAAUGAUCAAAAAAUAAUGGACACGUUUUUCUUUGGACAAUCAACCAAAAAAUGACAAAGUUAUAACGCGUCAAAGUGUUAGUAGGGGCUCGUGACGUCACUUUUGAGUGAAUUUUCACUUAUAAGUGUACUCAAACGUGACGUCAUGCGACUUUUAUUAUAUGAAAAAAGAAAAAAUAAUUGUCCAAUACUUUUUGAUAAUCUACCUGAUAAACGAAGAAAAAAAAUUAGUCAUUAUCCCUAUUCAAAUAGUGUUGAUUUUCCUGUCAUCACGCAGACAAAUUGUCACACUGCCCGUGUUAAAAGAAAAUAGUUGAAGCGUUAAUUGUCUGCCGCAAACGGACGUUGCUAUUAUUUUCGUUUGUAGCUUUAGGUUCGCGAGCGUGUCGGGGCGGCGGCGCCUGUAUGUAUCGUAAUAAUUGUGUACGUUGUCUGUUGUAGCGUAAGUCGAUGUAUGUGGAGGUUUAUUUCGGUGUGGAUCAUACUAAUUAAUUAGAAUAGCGACGAUGCCGGUUCUCAGACUCGUUUUCGCACCGUCGGGUCGCACGGUGCGCCGCUGGGGGUGCGAUUGUGGACUCUAUGCGCAGUUGCAGAUAAAUCGAAUAUUGUAUUAGCAAAAAAUCACUUCGUAGGUAGAAACAAUAGGGAGCAUUUAAACUGUAUUAGAAACGUAAAUGAUUCUCGUUUAUAGAAAGUCCACAAUCUUAUCGCCAGUUGUAUUCCGCUUAGGUCGUCAGGCGACGGGCCCGGGGCUCCGGGCUCCGGGCUCCGGGCUCCGGGAUCCGGGCUCUGGGCUACGGGCUCCGGGAUCCGGGCACCGGGCUCCGGGUUCCGGGCUCCGGGCUCCGGGUUCCGGGUUCCGGGCUCCGGGCUCCGGGUUCCGGGCUCCGGGCGGCGCGAGCGGCCAAUGUAUGGAUCAGUGUUUGGUGAACAUGUGGCAUGCGCACAUCACAAUCAAACGCGAGAUAUCUAGAUUUAAGGGACAAUCACCCGUCGCGCAAGCUUACAAACUUGAAAUUCGUGCCUAACUCGCUUCUCGGACACAGAUGUUUUUUCUUUUUUUUUUUCUUACACUUAAAGUACGCUUCUGCAAACAUUCGUUCCGCCUAUAUUAUAUAAAUAAUAUUUUCAGUACAUUAGUUCUAUUGUCUGACUCUCGAGUUUCGGUGGUCGGUGCGAUAUCUAUGAAGUCGCGUGGGAAGCGAUGUGUGUGGUUUUAAAUAUUAUUAGUGUUAACGUUUAAAGGCGUUGGAAGUGUUAGAUUAAUUGUAAGGUGUAGUGUAAGGAGUAUUGAGUCGUGGGCCCGCGCCGCCGUCGCCCGUCUCCCAGCAGCUCCGCCCCUGCCACGAGAAAACGAGUCUUAUUGCGACGACGCAAGGUCCAACCGUAGCCGCGUCGAGUCCGCUCGUGCUAGGCGUUCAUUAAAGCUGUGAUUGAGUUGAGGCGAACUUUUGUUUGUGACGCACGAGUGUUCUCAUCUCCGACCUCUUUACAUUUCGUCGUGUACUAAAACUGACAAAGUUUCGAAAUGGUUUUUUUUUUCUAUAUUUUUUUGAGAUUUUACACAUUGAUCAUUUUUUAAUUGUCUUUUUUUAUUUCUUAUAGUGAGCGGAAACGUUUUAUUGUCUCGUUUAAUGAUGUAAUAGCUGUUAAUUGAAGUAGUACAAUCGAGCCGUGGCGCGCGAGUGUCGCGGCGACCAUAUUACGUUAGGCAGGAACGCCUGCAUACACACACAUGCGUGGAUAGAUAGAUAUAUACGUUAUACUAUGGAAAUGUUAUUUUUACUCGAAAUAUUAUUAAAUAGACUUUAUGUAGUAGAAGUGGUGACAGCGAUGCACGUUGUUUAUCUCGUUCUGGUUCUACGGUGUUAGGUGCAAUGUAAUAGAGAUCGUAACCUCCGACCUUCCACACGUUGGUGUGGUAUACACGGGUUUAAUUUUUAGGAGAAACCGAUUGUACGUAGUCAUUAUCGGGAUGGAAGGAACAAAUGAGAUAUAUAUCUACAUAAUAUGCUUGUUAAUGUUGUGUGUCUGUCACCGACUGUGCCAAAAUCCUCAAUGUAAUAGCUGAUUACCGUGGACCGCCUGUAUGAAACAAACCUAGAAGCAUAAUAUAAGUUUUGUUAAAACAAACGAAAAACGAACUAAGAAUUAGCAACUGCCAUUUUGUGUUCAAAGCUAAAGCCAAUGAAUGUAAGCUAACAACAGGAGGUGAUCAUUACUAGUGAACAAGUCUCUGUGAUAGUGCAAAAGUAGUUGUUUCAUACAAGCGUUUGGCGCGUAAUGUUCAGUAAGUCGUUAUAAAUAGCUUGUACACGUAGCAUAGAGCGCAGCGGCCGGCGCCGACCUCGUCAUUUUCAUAUUCCGGGAUAUGUACUAUGCCGUAUACUUUUGGAAUCGUUGACGUUAAAUCUGGUCCUACUCUGAACGAAGUUUUUGAUGAUUUGUAUACAUUUGUAUUUAUUUGCUUGUUAUGAUUAAUGUAAAUACAAAAGCAUCCUAAUAAUUGGUAUCAAAAAAGAACGAGGGUCCUAAGGCACUACCUUGAAGUACACUUUUCUUUCUUUCUGUGUUUCUUUAGUUUCAUUGGAUUUAUCGAAGUAAUUUAUCAAUGUUACUUGAAUUCAAAGUGAAAAAAUUAAGAUUGUAGUUCCAAAAUUUUCUAACAAACGUUUGUGAGUGUAAUGUUUGACCCUACAAAUGCUUUGGACAUGACAAAAAGUAAAUACCAAUAGCGAUGUGAGGAUAGGGAAUAUAAACAAGGUGCUCUUUAAUGCAUUCGGAUGAAGCUUGAUUGCUUGUGACGGUAUAUCAUCUAAACCACACUGCCGUCCUCAAGCUAAAACGCGGUUUAUGACAAAACCAACUUUUGAGAUAUGGCCAAAAAACGGCACGUAAACUUGAAAUGAUAGCUAUUUUGUAAUCAUUCAUCACGUGACGGAUUUUUAAACUUAAACUAUAGGUAAAGGAUACGAAUACUUGUUAAACACAGAUCGAUAGAGAAUAAAAAACUGUAUAAGAUCUAAAGAAAAUAUAAAAAAUAUAUUUUCUUUAGAUUUAAACAUCAAGCAGUUACAUGCUUUAAAAUAAUAAAAAUUACAACUGUAUAAGAUACAAUUUAAUACUGAAAAUUCGACCACAUGUCACGUAGUCACACUUUAGUUUGAGGACGGCAACAUAGCUCUUUUUAAAUUUGAGACAGUAUCAUGCAUUUGCUUCAAUAAUUAACCCCGUUGCGUUAUAAAUACCGAAAUAGUAUCAAGUAGUGGGAGCAGAGUAUAACUGACAGCAAGUUCGUUUGGUUCAGAGUAGGGCCACAGCUGCUUAUGAGACGAGACAGUCAUGGCUGCUUUAGUGGCCGUCAUAAAGGUGGUCUUAUAGGUAGCGCAGGCUUUGUUGUCUAUGGUUUAUGUUCGAGGAGUAUGCAGGGGUGUAAAUUAUUAUUAAAUGGAUUGAAAUGUAGUCGCUAUGCACGUAGUGUUACCCUUAUAAUGACAAGUACCGCGAGGUCGUCUCGGGCCGCGGCGCGCGCGCACACGCAGUCCAGGAACGAACUCAUAGCGUUCGCUGUACGAUGCCAUUUUAAUAUUUCAGCCAUUACGCUAGCAGUAACUUGACAUAUCACGCUAUAUUUCCGUUAUACAUAGUAAUGUAUAUUUUUUUUGAAAUAUAAAUAUAUUAUGAUGAUUAUAUUUUAUAUAGACACGAGUAUCGCAGCGUUGGAGUCGGAUGUCCUGUGUCAAACAUAGCACAUUUAUUGUAUUGAAACGGCGGGCGUCCGCAAUCUUCACAGAUGUCGGUUGUAUGGUUGGUUUGUUGGCUGCGGCAUAAUAAUUGUGUCGCGGUUGUUAUGAGUAUUAUUGUUUCGACUGGGACGGUCUCUAGUCGGUGAUCUAACCGCUAUUAUAAUUAAGUAGAGCCCAAUUAUAAUAGGGUUAGUGAAUGUUCUGUUUUGUGAUUGGUGAAACUCCCCUACGGGACGACACUGCAAAAUCAUUGUAAUGAACCCUGACAUAAUAUAUCUAUAAUUCUCAUUUGAUCUUAACCUUCUUACAUUUCAGAGAUUUCCUAAGAUAUCAAGGGAUUCUGUGCGUUUAUUGUCAAGGGCGGAUCCAGCUUUGGCGCCA